AGGAAACGCACCCGAAGCCACCUCAGUGUCAACUAGUCUCUUAUCCGAGUUAAACAGUGCUUCUUCCGUUAUUUUUCUUUCCCAGGAGCUGGCCAGAGGCAAGAGCCCAAGGACAGACAAACGUGAAGACUGAAUACUUUUGCUACACAGACAGGAUUGCUGCGAUACUGUGCACAGUUUCCUCUGCUGACAGGUUGCGGUGAGAGUCCAUCACAUGAACAGGCAUGUGUGGUCUCUGCUAAAUGCUGUGGUGUCUGAACAAAAUCAAAAAACAAAAGAAAGUCUACCAUGAUGAACUGAGGUAGAUCUCUGCAGGACACGAUGUCACAGGACAGAGGAAGAUUCUGGGACGGGAGUGGAAAGCCGGUGUUUAUUCUGGCUUAUCUUCUCGUCCUGGCUUUGCCGUGCAUGGGCUUCCUCCCCAACUUUUGGUCACGAGUGUUAACGCUGUCUUUGAACUCGCACACACACCAGCACAUCACAGAGCAGGCCAUUCUCAACGUCACCAUGGAGACUCUGAGGGGCAUUAAAAACCACCAGGGGAGCCAUGCAGAGGAAGAGACCAGACUGGGCCGUGGCUUCUGGAGAGCCGUGGGAGAGGUGGUGAAGUCCAAUGCGGCCAUGGACUUCUUGAGCUCCACCAGGUCGGACCCGGUGUACCACUUUGAUUCAGAGCGUGUGGACAGCUCCAUGGGGAUGUUGCGGCAGUUCUGGGCUCAGACUCUGCUCUCAGUACGAGCCAAAGAGUACCAGAGUGCCCGGCACAGCUUGGGACAGCUAUUUCACUCCCUGCAGGACUUUUACAGCCACAGUAACUGGGUUGAGAUGGGCCAGCGCUUCAUUUACCUCCACCUGCUGCAGCCAGAGGAGCCUGCCAUCCCUGUGGCUGCAGAAGACACUCCUACCUGUAUGGAGUGCUUCAGUGCCACCUGUCGAGACAACCUCCUGGCAAGAAUGACAAACGGACAGCAGGAGACCCAGCUGCUCACCACUGGCUACUUCAGCACUUUCCCUCCAAAACCUCACGGCAAAUGUAGCCAUGGAGGCAUUCUGGACCACAGCCGCUACCUGGGGGCCAAAGGGGGCAUCAACAAGGACAGCACCUCACCUCUCUUCUCCCCUCACCAUUACCUCCACAUGGAAGCUGCCAAUUUAGCUAUGGAGGCCACCCUGAGUGUACUGAGAGACAUCAGAGACACCGUGGGCCAGAAAACCUUCCUCAGGCUCUUCAGCGUGAAGCAGGUCCCCGCAUUGGUGUUUGUCAUAGACACCACAGGCAGCAUGUUUGAAGAGAUCACUGCCGCUCGCUACCGGGCCCACUCCAUCAUCCAGAGCCGAGCCAGCAGCCCAGGGCAGCCGGGCACCUUUCUACUUGUGCCCUUCCAUGACCCAGAGAUAGGACCGGUCUAUGAGACCGAUGACCCAAAUCAGUUUAUGCAGCACAUGGAGAACCUGAUGGCGCUGGGAGGAGGAGACGAACCAGAGAUGUGUCUCUCUGCCAUUCAGCUGGCACUCACUCACAGUCCACCGCUGUCGGAGAUCUUUGUAUUCACCGAUGCUUCCCCAAAAGACGCCCACUUGUUUGACGUGGUAAAGGCCCUCGCACUUGAGAAACAGACGAAGGUGACUUUUCUCCUAACUGAAGACCCAAAAUACACAUCGGAGAGUAGAGGGAGGAGGAAGAGGAGGAAGAGGAGGAGGAGAAGGGAACUUUUGUCCCCUGAUCGUUUCUCCCUCUACUCUUCCCUGUCCUCCCUGUCAGGAGGACUGACAAUAUUCACCACCAACUCUGACAUCCGCAGUGUCUCUGCCAUAGUGGAGGAUAACACAGCCAUCGACAAGGUGACCCUCCUCCAUGUGGAAAGUGACGAAGAGUUGAUGUCCUCCCAUUCCUUCAGAGUUGACAGCUCAGUGAAAAACGUCACACUACACGUCACUGGCAUCCUCACAGAGUGUGUCCUCACCAGCCCAUCAGACCAAAGCCAGUCUCUGUUGAGCCAGCAAGGCCCUCUAGCAGAGUUGGAGCGCUUCGUUGGUCUGUACCGUAUCAGCCUGCUGUCUCCUAUUCAGCCAGGCAAGUGGAAACUCCAAGCCAAGAGUGACGGACACCUCACAUUCAAUGUGAUAGGUGACAGCAGUGUAGAUUUCCUGUAUUACUUUGCCACAGUAACCAAUGAGACACACCCAGGUCUGGCCAGAGUGGAGGGUAGUCCAGUAGCAGGUGUUCCUGCCUUUCUGGUGCUGGCUGUGACGGGCCUGGCUCCAGAUGAGGAGGCGUCUUUCAGUCACGUGACCCUGCUGGGAGCUGACGGGGAAAGCAUCCAGCAGGUCAAGCUGAACUCCUCCUCCUCGUCAUCAUCAUCAUCAUCAUCAUCAUCAUCAUCAUCAUCAUCAUCAUCCUACUCUGUGGAGGAGCUGGUGGGAUGGUUGGACUCUGUUCCCAUAGUCCCAUUCUGUGUUCGGCUGACGGGCCGAGACAGCAGAGGAGACAAGCUGGAGAGGGUUUCCGCAGAGAGGGUUCAGCCCACUCAUGUUCAGAUACAGGUGUUGUCUGUCCCCCGCCUGGUACCUGGUCACAGCUCAAUGGUGUCCUUUCACAUCCUGAACCAUGGCCCGGCCCGACUCUUCAGUCUGACUGCUGAUGACGACUGUGGAUAUCUUCAUAAGAGAGGACCUCACAGGUUCCAUGUUGCAGAACAAGGGUCUUUCCGCGGUCAGGUGGACGUCCUCACUCCUGCCACAGCUCAGGCAGGAGCGACUGUCACCCUAACACUCACUGUGCACGCUCUUGACUCUCCGGACUCAAAUUACGCAGUGGCCUACAUGACUGUGAUCCCUCCAGAUCCUGACACGUCCCCACCAUCCUGCUCUGCUGCACGAGUACAGUCCACGUGCCCUUCCACUUGCAACGAGUCUAGCUGGAGCGUAUCUCUGGUCGUGUCAGACAGGGGGCGCUCCGGCCUCGCUGCCCUUCAGCUACAGAGCGGUGAAGGCAUUCUGACUUUAUUCCACAGCCCCCCACCCACAGAGGACAGCCUGGGAGAGGACCGGCCCGGCCAGGACCAGCAACAGGCACACAGGGACAAGACAACCAGUGGAGGUCACCACCACCACCACAAGGCCAGAUUAGAGAAAGGAGACCCACCUCUGAAUGUUUCUGAAUGGUCCCCUGGCUCAUCUCAGCCGCUGUGGGUGACGUACAUGUCCAGCUGCUGCUCUGCUCGGGCUGAGCUGCUGGUGUGGGACACAGCUGGAAACAUGAAGCGCUGCCAUCUAACGUCUGGCCAGCAGAGAGACAGGAGCACAGAAACCAGUGGAGCCGGACGGAUUACACCCACACCAGUGUUUUUCUUGUUGUUGGGUCUGCUGUGGUCCUUUCUGCUUUAGGUCGAUGUGAUUACAAAUGUUUUGCAGGCCAAAUCUAUGUGUUGAUCACUGGGUACCAGCAGCCCACACAAAAGAGACACAAAAGACAGAUACAAAAAGAAAAGAAAAGUAGUCUGAUAAGGAAAGAAACAUAUCUUUCUUAAUGACUGAUUUGUGCUUGCUACUGUAAUUUGUAAAGAAUGUGCACUAAAUAAAGGGUUAAUAAUUGUA